AUGUCAAAGCAAGACCCACAUGCCGCGCGAUAUGCAAAGCGGAUCCAUAUUCAAGCCGCGCGCAAUGCCGCCUCCGCCGUUGUGCUAGACCAAUCACUGAUUGUCUCGCAGGAAAUGUUCUACUUGGAAAGGAUACAAUUAGUCAUGGGGAUACUACGAAAGAAAUCUGAUUCGGGUGAAGCAUAUGGGUUUCAUACCUCUAAGCCCUGCGAGGAGAGAUUCCGUGGUAGCCUUCACUUGUUUGCUUCGCUUCUGGCGUUGUGCCCUGAAUAUGAAUUGCGGCAGUAUAAGUGCUGGAGUACCCUCAAGUCAUUUACAAUAGUGUUUGUUGCGAAUCGGACAGUAUCUCUGCUGCCGUCGGAAACCAAGCUCUACACCCGAUCCGCACAACAUGAUUUCCCCGAGCAUGAGCUCUUCGAUGGUAGUAAACCAGGUUACAACGCCAGAGCAAGAGACGCCAUCUCAAACGACAAUGUCGCCCAAGUAGAUAUUGAGGGCAAAGAGCUUCCCGAGAAUGGAACUGCCGUCUACCCCGCCGACACACUCUCGAUACCGCGACAGAUAUUCCUCGUCGGGACAUUGUGCACGGCCAUGUUCACCAAUCAGGUCGGAAUGGGAAACACCCUCACCACAGUGGGUGUCAUUGGAGACUCGUUCGGCAUCGCUAACCAGGGCCAACUCUCCUGGUUGAUCGCUGGAUACAGCUUAACCGUCGGUACAUUCAUCCUCGUCGGCGGCCGGCUGGGUGACGAGUUUGGCAACAAGAAGCUGUUUGUCAUCGGCAUGAGCUGGUACGCGCUGUGGUGCCUCGUCGCGGGCCUGUCGGCCUUCUCCUCCCACGUCCUGUUCGUCUUCGCACGUGUCUUCCAAGGGAUGGGUCCUGCGUUGACCCUGCCCAACGCACUUGCCAUCCUGGGCCAAUCGUACUCUCCGGGUCCGCGCCAAAAUAUGGCUUUCGCGUGGUUUGGCGCCUCAGCACCUUUCGGAGCCAUCGCAGGAUUUCUCUUCGGAGGCCUGUUCGCCCUCGCCUGGUGGCCGUGGAUCUAUUGGAGCCAGGCCAUUGCUCUGGCUGCUGUUGCCGUCUUUGCGGCCUGGAUAAUCCCUCCCCUGCCCGUCCAGCCGGAACAGAACCAAGAUUUUCUCGAGCAACUCGACUCACUAGAUAUUCCUGGAAUGGUCACCGGUGUCACAGCUUUGGUCUUGUUCAACUUUGCGUGGAACCAGGCUGUAGUUGUCGGGUGGCAGGAGCCCUACAUCAGCGUCUGUCUAAUCCUGGGUCUCCUUUUCGCAGCGGGCUUCUUCUGGGUCGAGAUCUAUCAUGCCAGGUCUCCGAUCCUGCCUCUCGCAGUUUUCAAUUCGGACAUUGCUUUUGUUUUUGCAUGCACGGCGACGGGCUGGGCUUGCUUUGGCAUAUGGGUCUUCUAUAUCGGACAAGUCGCCCUCAACAUAGGUGGCAACACGCCUCUUCAGAUGGCGGCUUGGUUCAUACCUGUUAUCCCGUCCGGGUUGGUGUCAGCCCUCGCGGUGGGUAGGUUCCUCGGGAAGGUGCCUGCUUCGUGGAUCAUGAUCGUCGGGCAGGUCGCCUAUGUCGUGGGAUCCAUCCUUGCUGCAGCUCGGCCUGUGCACUCAGUUUACUGGGCCUACUACUUUUUCAGCGUCCUCAUCAUCACCGUGGGCAUGGACACCUCCUUCCCGUCAGCCACGAUCAUCUUUUCCAACGCCGUCCCGCGACGGUACCAGGGCAUGGGCGCCAGCAUAGUGAUGACCGUGGUGAAUUACAGCAUAUCGCUCGGUCUCGGCUUCGCCGGCACUAUUGAGACCAAUAUCAACAAUGGCGGAUCGAGCAGGCCCGACAUGCUGCUCGGCUACCGUGGCGCUCUGUGGUUUGCGGUUGGACUGGCCGGACUCGGCUUGGUUUUGAGUCUCUGGUUCGUCGUCAAUGAGCACCUCAAAGGCAAAGCUAAAGCAUGA